GCAGUGUUUAGUAAACCCACCGUCACCGUCGUCCGGCAGCUGUCAGUAGUCAGAGUGUUUGUUGUGGGAGGAAACGGUGGAAAGUCUCACGGCGUGCCUUUCUCUGUCCUGACGGUGUACAGUUUUUUUGUCCGUUACGAGCAACAGCGCAAACCGGUCUCCAUCGGCGGUACUGUUCAAAUUCAAGUGCCAAGAUACUUUCAGUCCUCGCGUGAAUCCCGCCUCGGUCGAACUUGUUUAGGAGGGAAAUAGAAGUUCUGGUCAGUCCAGUCUAGGAGGCCAAUAGUGAAAAAUAUUAUAAGACAUCUAGUGAAUGGUAAUGGCACGGAAAUUAAUGUCUAAUGAUGCUACGGCAUAUUUUGCAGACGACGGCCGCCACUUCAUAUAUCUAUGCAAACAAAUAAAAAAUCAAACAACGCCAGUGUCAAUUGAUUAGUGAUGAACAAGCGUAACAAUCGAAUGAGUUAGUUCGAGUUCGUGACAGAGGAAACAAAUUAGCACCGGAAGAUAGAAGUUAAGCGGAACGGAAAGGUGUGUGUGUUUGAUACAGUGUUACAAACCUAGGUGAUAAGAGAACUUAGCCCGGUGCGAUUUGGGGAAACAUUUUUCCGCCAAAAGAAAUCAAUACCCGUUGUGAUUCGAUUUUCGGAUUUGCGUAUCGCUAUAAAAAAAACCGCCCGAACCGAUUCAAUCGAGCAGUUAAUUAAAGUGUGUCCGCGAAUAAACGGACGGUGCACGGAAAACGUGCCAACCGAGCACGAAAGUCAAUUAGGAAGCAACGGCGAUGGAUGCUGAUACAAAUGGAAAUUAAAACGAUUAUAAUGGAAUGAAAAUUUAAACCUAUGUGUGAGCAAGUGAAUGCGACUGAAUCCAAUCGGGAAAAGUGAAUCAAAUUUAAUGGUAAUUAAUGGAAAAAAAUGUAUUUGCUGGAGGUGAGUGAAAACGAUACUGAAUUAAGCAAAAUGCUCGUUCGUCUGAGAGCCGUCAGGAAGUACUAAAAAAACCUUUUGCCAACGACAGUUUUUUAAUUUGCCACCGUUUUUUGAUUGGAUCAGAAAUAACCGUACAUUUCUCUUGCUUCAUCCGAUGUCAGCAAAGCUGCCCACGGUCCUGCUGAACGCCUGAACUAGUCAAUCCAAAACAAAACAAAACAAAAAACAUCAUCAUCCAUUUCGGGAGGAUUCACUUUCCCCGCAGCCCCCGGAUGGGUCAUUACCGGACACUCCGGUUGAGAUCCGAACCAAUGAAAUUUUCCAGUUUACUGCACUCCAGAUAUUCCCCUGCGGCAUCGGCAGUGGCACGCGUGCUCCGGGAAAGGCGGAAAAACUCGAAAACAACAAACAUACAGCCAUUACUGAGUGCAGCAACAGCAGCAACAGCAAACUAACUGACGCGGUGAGGGGUUCGGGGUCGGACGAAAAAGAAGAAGACCGGAGAAAAAAACCAAACCGAACGGUCUAUAAAUAACAUUAUCAAUGCAGGAUAAUUAAUUCGGCGACCGGCGAGUUUUGUGCUGUUGAAUUGAAAUAAAAUAUCGUGUGUGCGUUGUUUUUUUUUUUUUGUUUUGUCGCUCCGAAAAAUAAGUGCUUGCGAUCAAGAGGAAGAAAAACCAAGCCGCUUGGCUGAGAAACUGAAGAAGUUCAAUGACCGAAAUCGAUCCCCCCGGAAUUAUUGGAUAUUAUCAAUAUAACGACACGGAUGUGGUCGGUUGGAACGGGACGACUCGCUUCAUCCCCGAGGAUGCCGAACUGGACGUGACAUAUGCGGUAUUCGAGGGCCUCGUCGCGCUGAUGGCCGUCAUUGGCAACGCCAUGGUGAUUGUGGUGUUCAAACGGGAACGGCGCCUUCGGAGACGGACUAACUUCUACAUAGUAUCGUUGGCGACGGCCGAUUUUCUGGUCGGACUUCUCGGGGUACCGUUCGCCGUCCUUUCGUCGGUUGGAUUGCCACGGAAUCUGUACGCCUGCCUGUUCACCAUCUCGCUGUUGAUAGUUCUGUGCACGAUCUCGAUUUUCUGUUUGGUGGCCGUCUCCGUCGACCGGUACUGGGCCAUCCUGCAUCCAAUGGCGUAUUCGCGUAAUGUGCGGACCAAAACCGCGAUAGUCAUUAUCAGUCUAUGCUGGUUGGCAGGAUCCAUCAUCGGAUUUCUGCCGCUGUUUGGCUGGCACGAAACGCCCCAAGUCGACACCUGCCUCUUCCUCAAAGUCAUGGAUUACGACUAUCUGGUGUUUUUGUACUUUGCAACGAUCAUCACUCCGGCACUGAUCAUGUUGGCCUUCUACGCACACAUCUACCGGGUCAUUGUGAAGCAGUUACGCCAAAUCGUUACGAUGAAUCCAACGGGAAUGUUCUCUUCCGAAAGUCGACGAUCGUCGGAAAGUAGUCGCAUCCGGAUAUCAACCAUGAAGUCGCACCGGUGUAAAUCAGGUCACGGCCACGGUGGAACGAUGCUUCGCGUGCUGGGUGCAGCCCAGAAACGUGAAGUCAAAGCCACCCAGAACCUGUCCAUCAUCGUACUGUUUUUCAUGAUCUGCUGGAUUCCUCUGUACACCAUCAACUGCAUCGUGGCGUUCUGCCGUGAUUGCAAAAUCCCUCCGACCCUGAUGCUGUUCUGUAUCAUCCUGUCCCAUCUGAACUCGGCCGUCAACCCGCUACUGUACGCCUACCAUCUCAAGGAUUUCCGGGCGGCAAUGCGAAAUCUCAUCCUCAGCAUACUCGGGCACGAUGUGCCCAACCAGGAACUCAACUACCGGGCCUCUCUCGCCAGUCAGCAACAGUUCGCACAAAGACAUUCCAUAGUAGAUAGAAGACUGUCCCCGCAGCCAAAAAUUUAUAUCGAUUCUCCCGUUUACCUGCGAGCCCAGCAACAACGCCAGCAGCAGUCGUUUCUGCUGCAGCAACGUUCCCUGGACCGUUCGAGCACAGUUGGCUCGUUCUACAGUAUUAACAAAAAACGACUUAUCACCAGCACCCGUUCCGAUCCCGGUUCUGCCAACGUAAUGAUCAGCACAUCCGCCAUCAGUGCCAGCCCGGCCGAUUCCAACUGUUCCUCACCGCAACGAUACGAACCGGAACUGUUCGAACGGCCCAACUAUGAAAUGUGGGGCAUUGCCGAGGUGUCCAGUGCCAACGAGGACAGCGGCCAUCGGAAGUCAAUCGAGGAGGACGAUCGAAAUGGUUACAUUCUGGUUUACACGGACACGGACGGGCAUACAAGACAAAACGAGGAACGUCGUUCGGAUAGACCCUCGCCGGAGGUGGGUCGUGAGGACAUCGAGAAAGACUCGCGGACGGCAGGGUUUGAAGACAAUCUCAAUGAGAUACCAGCAUUUAAUUUAAAUAUUACCGAAGAAGACCGUAACCAUAGUUCACUCUACAGUAUAGUCCUCUCGCAGAGACGAAGCCAAAGUACAUGUUGUAUCCUACAGGAACGGGACGCCAUUCCACCGCCGACAGAUUCCGUAUUUCUGAUAGAAAACAAUUCACCGCAUCGAAUACUCGCCAACCAUGUGUCGCUGGCCGGAACCAACAACAACGGUGCCAUCUACGACGACGAGUGUGCCAGUAGUCUCAACCUAGUCGAUAAUUAUAACAAUAACAACAACAGCAACAAUGACAAUGACAAUGACAGUGACAACUGUGGCAAGCAUGCUUCUAGUCCAAAUUUUCCUUCGUCCCGUGAGACCGAUAGGGUUCGGCCCAUUAGUAAAUCGUUCUCGCUGUUCAACAGUACUACGCACCAGAAUCAGAGUCCGAACCACACGUCCUUGUCGCCAAGCUGUCCCUCGGCGACCAUGGACAGUGUCGAAACGUCACAUUCCAGCCUUUUUACGCUGUACAGUUCCGGCAGCGGGAUGAAACAGCGAGUGCAUAGCUUUAAGUAUAACAAACGAUCGUUGUCGAAUGAUAAGUGAAUGGCAAAUGUAAUGGCCUGUUGUUGUUCGUACUACUUCGAAUUAAUGGAGAUUCUUUAGGUAUAUUUAUCAUAUAGUAAAUAAAGUAUUAGGCAUUCCUUUUGACGACGAAGCAUCAUGUGUCUUAUU